AUGAUUCCAUUAGUUCCACUACUACUCGAACAAUUUAUUGGUGAAGAUGGUAUUGAUUUAUCAGUUGUUGAUGAUUGUUUACGAGCACGUCCAGCACCACAUCGUUGUAUGUUUGGUCGUUCAAAACGAUUUUCAACAUCAAAUUGGCUUAAACAACAUCCAUUAUCAUUAAUUGCUGAAGCAAAUCAUGCACCAGUUUAUGAUCAUGAUGUUGUUAAAAUUUGUGUUGAUUUAAAAUUUCAAUUAUUUGGAAAUUUUUUAUAUUUACUUAUUUUAUGUGCACAAGUUUCAUUUGUAUGUUUAUAUACUGGUGUUGCACUCGGUUCACCGACACCGCCUCAUUCCUAUUAUGAUGUAUCAAAUAUAACAUGUAGACAAAUGUGUUAUAGAUUAACAUCAGAUCUUAAUAAUCCUUUACCACGCAAUGUUUUACUUCAGUUUUCACGCAUUUUAUUAUUAAUUUGUUCUUGUAUUGCAUUAUUAAAAGAAUUUUUUCAAUUAGUAACUCAACGUGAAAAAUAUUUUCGUGGUUUUUUUGUUAAUUUUCUUGAGUUACAUACAUAUGUAUGCGCAAUUUUAUUUGCAAUAGAUCUUAAUAAUUGUACACAACAUACUGGUCUUCGUUGUAAAUGGCAAUGGGAAGCAGGUGCAUUAGGUAUGGCUAGUGUAUGGACAUUAUUAUUACUUGUAUUUAUGAAUGCUUUAAAAAUCGGCAAAUAUGGUCUUUUAUUUGUUAGUGUAUUUUUAACAUUUUUAAAAUUUUGUCUUAUUUAUGUAUUUAUAUGGAUUGGAUAUAUAAUUGCAUUUCAUAUGUUAUUUCUACAUAAAAAACCACAAUUUACAUCUAUUUUUUAUUCAAUACCAAAAACAUUAGCUAUGCUUACAGGAGAAUAUGAUUUUGAUGAUUUAUUUUUUCCAAAUGGAAAAGUCUUACAAGGAAGUGAAGCAGCUAUGGUACUUUAUUCAACAUUUGUAUUUACAAUGAAUAUUGUUAUUAUGAAUAUUAUGGUUGGUCUUGCAGUUUCAGAUGUAAAACGUUUUCGUUUAAAUGCUAAACGUGAACAUUUACGUGCACGUAUUGAAACAUGUCUUGGUUUACAAGCUAAAUUUGGUCUUUUAUGUGAAACUUGUUCUCGAUUAGUGCUUGCAUUAUCUAAACUUAGAUUAUUUCCAUAUUUUCAAAACCAUGUUACAAAAAUCCAUGGAAUUAAAAAAUAUUAUCUAUGGAAAUUAGAAUUACGUACACCACGUGUUUGUUUGCCACAAUCAACAAGUAUUUCAACAUCUGGAAAUAGCACUAAUCAAACUCAUAGUAAUAUACCAUUAACUCGAAGUUUGAGGCAUCAUUCACCAAGAGAAUAUGUUACAUGUGAAGUUGGAUAUUAUCGACUUCAUAUUGAUCGUGCUGGUGAACCAUUAUUACAAGAAAAUGAUCAAAUACGUUUAAUGCAUAAAGCUGAUGAAUUACGUGAUGUUUUUGAAAAAGCUAAUUCACGCAUUCAUAAUGAAUUAAGAAAAUUAACUAUGUCAUUACAAUCAGAUUUUGAUGAAAUCAAGAAAAAAUUACUUGAAAGUUAA